AUGGCAAAAAUUCUUGCAGUAUUCGGAGCCACAGGCACUCAAGGGGGCUCGGUGAUCAGCAACGUCUUGAGCGACCCCGAACUCUCCCAAAGAUACAAGCUUCGCGCUAUUACUCGCGACAACAAUUCAUCCAAGGCCCAGGCGCUGAAGAAGCGACAAGUCGAAGUCGUUACAGACGACUCAUCAAACCCAGCCUCGAUUGAGAGCGCGCUGACGGGGGCCGACUUCGUCUUUCUUAUGUCUACACCCAGCUGGGGUCCGAAUGCGGUAGAGGACGAAUUUAAUACCAUUAAAUCCAUUGCUGACAUCGCCGUACGACAAGGACUCGAAUACAUUAUCUUCAGCACGUUGCCGUCGUGCUCUCAAAUGUCCCAGGGCAAGUACACUGCAGUCACCGCCUUCGACGCGAAAGCCCAGGGCGAAGAAUAUAUCAAGUCACUUCCUAUCAAGAGUGCAUUUUGGUGCGGCGCCUUCUUCAUGGAGAACUUUGUGACCCAGCCAUUCCUGGGCCCCAACCUGAACGGCGACGGCACCUUUACCCUAGCUCGAAAUGCACCAGCGACACUUAAGCUCCCCUAUAUCGAUGCUGCAGAUGACGCUGGCAAGUUCGUCAACGCCAUUCUGGCGGAGCCCGACAAGUACGCUGGCCAAACCCUCUGCGCUGCAGCGGGCUUUUACAGCCUAGCGGAAAUAGCUAGUUUGUUGUCCAAGGCCUCAGGGAAGCAGGUAACCUUCAAACAAGUGUCGUACGACGAAUUCAAGGCCUCAAUUCCAUUCAUGGGCGACCUUUUCGCUCAAGGGUUUGCUUACCUGAUCGACCAUGGCUACUUCGGACCGGGAGGCGAGGACAAGGUGAGAUGGGCAGUCAAGAACAUUCGCGGCAAGCUCACCACCCUCCCGGAAUACUUUGAGAAGCAUCCUAUAUCACUCUAG